AUGCAUGGCUGGAGACAGUGGCUCUUUAGGAUCACCUGCUUGGUGUUUAAAUUUCUCCAGUAUGACGCAGUGCGAGUCUCAGUGAGGGAGUCCAGUGUGGAGGUGGUGCAGGGAGACUCGAUCACUUUACCCUGCUCAUUUCUCACCAUGAGCCCUUUGAUCCGUCUCAGUAUCAUCUGGACCCUGACUCCUUUUUCAGACCAAGACAAUCCCACACAGGUGAUCGCGUAUGAUCAGGGGCAGGUGAUCGAAAGCCCCUCCUUCACUGGCAGGGUUGAGUUUACUAACAUUCCCUGGAACGCUGAUAUCAUCCUCAAUGAAACGCGUGUUUCUGAUGCUGGUAUCUACCGUUGCGUGGUAAACAAUCCACCAGAUUGUACAUUUGGCUUACUUGAUGGUGGUGCGUGUGUUGUAGUUCCCCCAUCUCUGCCUGUUUGUAUGUGGGAAGGAGACACUGAUGUAGGUGGCACUGUAACAUUGACCUGCCUUGUAAUGGAGGGGAUCCCCUCUCCACAAAUCAGCUGGAGGAAGCUGGAGCCAGACCACAUCACUUUACCCAUCAGUAUGGGAGGGGAUUUAAUGGGCUUGGUACAAAUUGCAAACAUGUCUGCACAGGAUUCUGGUGUGUACUGCUGUUCCGUGACCAACCCACUGGGCACACAAAACUGCCACGUGAACCUGUCGGUGUACACACCUCCGGAGAAUGCCCCAGGCCUCCUGCAGGGGGUGCUACUCUCACUCUUCAUGGGUAUCGUGCUGCUGAUCCUGUUGGCGCUGGUGCUGUGGCUUCACCGCUCAGCUCAGGAGAGCAAAAGGAUGGACGGCCAUGUGGAGGAGUGCUACAACCAGAUGGCUUACACUCCCUCUCUCAUCAAGCGCUCAUUUGUCUGAGACUGGACCUGUACUGGAAUCAAGGGUCCUGUGGUGUUCAGAUGUUUUUUCAAAUGCAUUGUGGGGACGUUAUAAUUGAG